AUGGUGGAGCCAGGACAAGAUCUGUUGCUUGCUGCUUUGAGUGAGAGUGGGAUCAGCCCAAAUGACCUCUUUGAUAUUGAUUCGACAGAUGUGGGUCUUGCAACCCCAACUCCAGCUGUUCAGCAGUCAGUACCACUUAGUGCAUUAGAACUGGGCAUGGAGACUGAAGCAUCUGUUGCUGUUAAAGCAGAACCACAGGCUGCAUCUUCUCCAACCGUACUAAACAUCAGGCAACCGCCAUCAACCACGACCUUCGUGUUGAACCAAAUAAACCAGCUCCCUACUCUGGGGGCUGCCAUAGUAAUGACAAAAACAACCCCUGUCACCACUACCAGGCAGACGAUCGCGGUGGCAAAAAUCAUACAAACGAGCACGACGACCCGGCCGUCGGCGACCUUGCCAGUGGCACGGAACACCCUGACUACAACCACCACCUCCAAGGACCAGAUCCAGCUGAAAGAUCUGCUCAAGACCAGCAGUCUUAAUGAGCUGAUGAAGUUGAAGCCGCCUCCUAACAUUGCUCAGCCUGUUGCUACAGCUGCAACUGAUCUAAGCAAUGGUGCUGUAAAAAAGGAGGCAUCUACUAAAGAAGUAGCAAGAAUAUGGAUAAAUGAUCUAAAAAUGAGAAGCUUUUCUCCUACAAUGAAAGUUCCAGUAGCAAAAGAAGAAGAAGAACCUGAAGAAGAAGAUGAAGAAGAAAUGGGUCAUGCAGAAACAUAUGCAGAAUACAUGCCUAUAAAAUUAAAAAUUGGUCUGCGUCAUCCUGAUCCAGUGGUAGAAACCAGCUCUCUCUCCAGUGUGACCCCUCCUGAGGUUUGGUAUAAGUCUUCAAUUCCUGAGGAGAGUAUUGAUCAUGGCUGGCUGUCAGCAUUGCAGCUUGAAGCAAUCACAUAUGCAGCCCAGCAACAUGAAACAUUCCUACCCAAUGGAGACAGAGCUGGCUUUUUGAUAGGUGAUGGAGCAGGUGUGGGAAAAGGAAGGACCAUAGCUGGAAUCAUCUAUGAAAACUACCUCUUGGGUAGAAAAAGAUCAGUAUGGUUCAGUGUUUCAAAUGAUCUUAAAUAUGAUGCAGAAAGAGAUUUGAGAGAUAUUGGAGCCAAAAAUAUUUUGGUCCAUUCAUUAAACAAGUUCAAAUAUGGAAAGAUUUCUUCCAAACAUAAUGGAAGUGUGAAAAAAGGCGUCAUAUUUGCUACUUAUUCUUCUCUUAUUGGAGAAAGUCAGUCUGGAGGCAAAUAUAAAACCAGACUCAAGCAGCUUCUUCACUGGUGUGGCGAUGACUUCGAUGGAGCUAUAGUAUUUGACGAAUGUCACAAGGCUAAAAAUCUUUGUCCUGUGGGCUCCUCAAAACCAACUAAGACAGGAUUGGCAGUUCUGGAGCUGCAGAAUAAACUUCCCAAGGCCAGAGUUGUUUAUGCUAGUGCUACAGGUGCAUCUGAGCCACGCAAUAUGGCAUAUAUGAACCGCCUUGGGAUCUGGGGUGAAGGAACUCCAUUUAGAGAGUUCAGUGACUUUAUUCAAGCUGUUGAAAGAAGAGGUGUGGGUGCCAUGGAAAUAGUUGCUAUGGAUAUGAAACUAAGAGGAAUGUACAUAGCAAGGCAGCUGAGCUUUUCAGGUGUGACCUUCAAGAUCGAUGAGGUUCAGCUUUCACAGCACUAUGUGAAAAUGUAUAACAAAUCUGUGAAAAUGUGGGUGAGUGCCAGGGAGAAAUUCCAGCAAGCGGCCGACCUCAUUGAUGCUGAACAGCGGAUGAAGAAGUCCAUGUGGGGCCAGUUCUGGUCUGCCCACCAGAGGUUUUUCAAGUACCUCUGCAUAGCCUCCAAAGUGAGAAGGGUGGUGCAGCUCGCGCGAGAAGAGAUAAAGAACGGCAAAUGUGUGGUCAUAGGGCUGCAGUCCACCGGGGAAGCGAGAACCUUAGAAGCUUUGGAAGAAGGUGGCGGUGAACUGAAUGACUUUGUUUCCACAGCAAAAGGGGUAUUUCAGUCCCUCAUUGAGAAACACUUCCCAGCUCCUGACAGGAAGAAGCUUUUUAGCUUGCUGGGAAUAGAUUUGUCUGUUCAAAGUAACCACAACUCUCCACGGGACAGUCCUUGCAAGGAGGACAAAGUGAAGAAACGCAAAGGUGAAGAAAUAACCAGAGAGGCCAAGAAAGCGCGUAAAACUGGCGGACUGGCCGGGAGCAGUUCUGACGAAAGCUACAGCGAGUCUGAUGCCUCAGACAAUGAAGAGAGUGACGACGAGAGCUCCCGGUUUUUAAGCUCUGGGGACGACGACGACUUCAACCCCUUCAGGGAUGAAUCUAGCGAGGAUGAUGAAGAUGAUCCCUGGCUAAUUAGAAAAGAGCAUAAGAAAAAUAAAGAGAAGAAAAAGAAGAAAAGCAUAGACCCAGACUCUAUUCAGAGUGCCUUACUAGCGUCUGGUCUCGGAUCCAAGCGGCCCAGUUCUCUCUCUUCCACGGCUGUGACCUCUUCCACUACCAAUGCUUCUGUUAACAGUAAUACCAGUGUGAGCUAUGUAACGAGUCAGGAUGCGGUUGAAAGAGCCCAGCAGAUGAAAAAAGAAUUGCUUGAUAAACUGGAAAAGCUAUCAGAAGACCUCCCUCCUAAUACACUGGAUGAGCUGAUAGACGAACUGGGUGGACCUGAGAACGUGGCCGAGAUGACCGGUCGCAAAGGGAGAGUCGUGAGCAACGACGAUGGCAGCAUCUCGUAUGAGUCAAGGUCGGAGCUUGAUGUUCCUGUUGAAAUCCUGAAUAUUACAGAGAAGCAGCGAUUCAUGAAUGGAGAUAAGAACAUUGCCAUCAUCUCCGAAGCAGCCAGCUCAGGCAUAUCUUUGCAAGCGGACCGAAGAGCCAAGAACCAGAGGCGCAGGGUCCACAUGACCCUGGAGUUGCCGUGGAGCGCGGAUAGGGCGAUACAGCAAUUUGGCCGGACUCACAGGUCCAACCAAGUGACUGCACCAGAGUACGUCUUCCUAAUUUCCGAACUGGCAGGAGAACAAAGAUUUGCAUCUAUUGUUGCCAAACGACUUGAGAGCUUGGGCGCUCUCACUCAUGGUGACAGGAGAGCCACAGAAACAAGAGACCUGAGCAGGUUCAACUUUGACAACAAGUACGGCCGAAAUGCACUGGAAAUCGUCAUGAAGUCUAUUGUGAACUUAGAUUCCCCGUUAGUGUCUCCACCAGCUGACUACCCAGGAGAGUUCUUUAAAGAUGUCCGACAAGGUUUAAUAGGUGUGGGGCUAAUAAAUGUAGAAGACCGGUCAGGCAUUCUAACUCUGGACAAAGAUUACAACAAUAUAGGGAAAUUCCUAAACCGUAUUCUGGGUAUGGAAGUGCAUCAGCAGAAUGCUUUAUUUCAAUAUUUCUCUGACACUCUAAACGCAGUAAUUCAGAACGCGAAAAAGAACGGAAGAUACGACAUGGGCAUUUUAGAUCUGGGUUCAGGAGAUGAGAAAGUGAGGAAGGCAGAUGCUAAGAAAUUCCUGACACCAGGAUAUUCUACAUCAGGGCAUGUUGAGUUGUACACUAUAAGCGUGGAAAGAGGGAUGUCUUGGGAAGAAGCUACGAAGAUCUGGGCAGAGCAGACUGGACCAGAGGAUGGGUUUUAUUUAUCACUUCAGAUACGAAACAAUAAGAAAACUGCCAUCCUGGUGAAAGAAGUAAAUCCCAAAAAGAGGCUUUUUCUAGUGUAUAGGCCAAAUACCGGAAAACAACUGAAACUUGAAACCUCUGCAGAAAUAAAGAAAAAAUAUAAAAAGGUACCUUCUGAUGAUGCUCUGGCUCACUGGCUAGAGCAGUACAAGUCAUCCACAGAUACUUGCACCCACGCCUACUGGAGAGGCAACUGCAAAAAGGCAAGUCUGGGCCUGGUUUGUGAAGUGGGCUUGCGCUGUCGGACUUACUACGUCCUGUGCGGUUCAGUCUUGAGUGUCUGGACGAAGGUGGAAGGAGUUCUAGCUUCAGUGAGCGGCACAAAUGUGAAAAUGCAGAUUGUUCGGCUACGGACAGAGGAUGGACAGAGGAUUGUAGGCUUGAUCAUUCCCACAAACUGUGUGUCUCCCCUCGUAAAUCUCCUGUCGACCUCAGACCAGUCACAACAACUUGCAGUGCAGCAGCAACAGAUAUGGCAACAGCAUCACCCACAGAGCAUUUCCAGCUUCAACAAUGCAUGAGAAAGAAGAGCGUCUUUGGUAUUUGGCUGUAGAAACAUAUCAUUGCAUUUUAUUUUUUCUUCAAAUAUCAGGGACAGAUUCCAAAGAAUUAACUUUCAGUUCCAUCAUGCUCUCUUAGAACUCUGUGGAAGUAAAGAGGCGCCUGAAGGGUGGCCAAACUGAGAGCCAAGCAUUGCUUUCCAGCGGUCCACGUGUUCUCUUUUUGUUUGUUUAUUCCCCUGUGCGCUUCGUAGCGCUUCUUUUUACAAUUUGUUUUCGUCCUAUUUGAGCGACAAAUCACAACUUUGUUUUUGAAGAGGCUUGGAAAUUCCCAGCCGAGCUGUCAUUCUCCCCUUGUCAUUCAGUGCUCAGGGUUUAAUGCAGUACAUUGGUGCCAUUGCUGCAGGAGAGGUCCUCAGAUGCAUGUAUUUUGAGUUCAUAGAGAGAGAGACUAUAUAUAUAAAUAUAUAUAAUAUUGGUGGUGACAGAGGUCUCAACCUAUAAAUAAAGAGUUCAUUUAUUUAAAAAAAAGCAUGAAAAUCUAGAAGUUUGCAAACCAUGCAUUCAAGACUGUUCCCCAUUUCUGUUUCGGCCAUGCAUGUCUCUGGAGCGGCCAUGAGCGAGAUCUCUCCCACACACAAAGCCAACUGGGAGAGAGUGAGAGACAAUCUCGUUGCAGCAUUAAGGAUUUGCGUUUUUUAAAAAUGGCAUCUGCCCAGUGAUUGCAUUUUCAGGCUUUCUCCUAGAGGUUAUAUAUUUGAAUCUGCAAAUUUUUUUUUUGUGUGUGUGUGUGUAAUGAAAACAUCUUACAUUUUUAAAGGUUCUUUUUUUAAUGUAUUAAUGGUGUUCCUAAAGUGUGCUGCAAGAACGGCUUUAAAAAAGCCGGAUUUCUUUUUCUUCCACCCUCAAAUGUUUUGUUUAUCCAGUAAGGUUUCAGGAAACUCGUGUGGAAAUUUACUUCCAUUUCACAAUACAGCCCUUUUUUCUUCUCCUUUUUCUGGUUACUGAACACCUUACUUGAGCUGUCAAUCAGACGUGAGGGGGAGGCUGGGCGGCCUGGGGGGCACGUGAGGGUUCUGACCUACGUGCUGCAUUUUUUUCUGUUGCCCCGUAACUUGAAUACUUUUUGUUUAUGUUGUAAGACAUUGUAGAGUUUAUCCUUGAGCUGUUUAAAAUUGUAAAUGUACAAAAUGUGAAUAGUCACUUAUCUAAGAAUAUGGGUAAGUUUUGUUUUGCCUAUAAUAGUAGAUGUUUAUAAGAAAGUGAAGGACAAUGUUUGUCAUUUUUCUUCUUGCUUGCACAGGUUGCACUAUUGAAAAUUUGAGAUUGUAUAAACCUGUCCACAGAACUGCAAGAUAACAAAAUCUUGUAGAUGUCAAAUAAAAAAAACAAAUCCCUAUUGUUCUAACAA